AUGGCAAAUACGAAAACCGUCGACUGGCUCUACGAGAGCGCGCACGCCGCAUGCAUUAACGAGCCCACGCUUACGUCAAUGACCAAGCAAACGAUCAAGCGCUGGAUAUCCGAUCUGAGUGCCCGGCAACUCGAAGACGUGGAGCGGUUUGCCGCCAAUAUCCCACUAGAUACGGCUAUGGCAGACGAUGCUUUCCGAUCUGCCGUGAAAACAGUCGCUCGAUUGUAUGGCUGUACGACAGAGUCUGCUGAAAUCGGCGAGUCUAUGGCAAAGCUGAGCAUUCGGGACACCGCUGAGGAACAACUUGUGCCUGUUGCGACCAAAUCCGCUUCCGACAAGUCUACUCUGGAGUCGACUGUACCACCAAAGAAACCACAGGGGGGUGCUCUCUUUUCCCAGAAGGUGGUGCAGAAGUGGUUGACUAGUUCGGCUCCAACAAAGCCAGCGUUGACAGCCAAAGCGGGCGUUAAGGACAAGACCGAAGCCACAGCCGCUAUCUCAAUGAAGGCAAUCGCAAAGCCAGCACUCCCUGUGACCACCGAGCUGGAUCAGCGAUUUAAGGGCCUUUACGGACCACUAAAGCAAUUCAAAGCACGAAUUGAGCCUAUUUCAUAUUUCCGAGACGUCAACGUUCAAGAACCCGCCGUCCAAGCCUUGAUUAGGAAGCUCAACGGAAUCAAGCCUAAUCACUCGCCCCUACUCACGCUUUCGCUAUUCUUGCAAGCCUUUUUCGACCAAGGCGUGGACAUAGCCUCCUUCGUUCUGGAGAACCUUCGCUGGACACUGCCUUCAAUUGCUACGCAAUCUCCACGCCCGCAGAUCGGCAUCAAGUUAAAAUCUACUCGAACCGGUGACGGAAAGCAUAUGGCCGCAUGCCAGAGACCCUGGUACUCAUGCGAGAUAGCAACUGUCAGCAUUGUCGUGUGUGCCGCGCCCGCCCUCACCUUCGACAUCUUCGCCAAACAGCACGCUGACCUCCUCUCCGAGGAACCGCUCGAGGAUCAAACCUUGAGGCAUACCUUGAUCCCCUCUGCAUCCCUAACCCGAGCCUUCGACCGCGCCAAGGCAGCCGCUACCGGCCCGCGCAAGUCCACCAGUCUCAUCUACGUCGCCCUCAUGGAUUCCUGCCUCUACCAGUUGUCAUCGUCCCAGAAGGAGCACAACAUGGAUCUCAAGCGAUUCAUGCCGUUCACACACUACUUCGUGCUUGGAGUUGGACCUGAGGGUAUGAUGAUGUGGCAAUCAUUUAGAUCGUAUGGACCGCGUCUGCAUGAACACAUCGCGCUUGGGGGAGCAAAGGUUCGCGAUUGGGAGGAAGCUACUUCUUUCGUCGCUACAUUUGACGACUUUGCGGCCUAUAGGGGUAUCGAGACGUUCACUCCCCGCAAGAACGAGCAGUAUAGGAACUUAUUCGGCCUCGACCUGCUCAAUCUACUAUCCGGUGCCGCGAAAUCCUCGAAAAUGAUGCCUUGGUUUGAGGCCUGGGUACAGAUUGAGGUUCUGGAGGAUGUCAAGGCUGAGGAUGUGACAAAGUUCAAGUGGAUGGUCGACGAGCAUGCGCCGGAGAACCGAGAGUGGUCGAAAGGGAUGUUGGGAAUUGCUUGGGGCUAA